ACACACACACACACACACCCUCUGAUCUAUCUCUUAUGGCUGAAAGUCCAUCUCAAUAGGUGGGUAAAUAAAGUUUCUGAUUUAUGUAACUGGGACUACUUAUUAAACCAUAUCUCCUUUUCCCAAGUGAAAUAUGUGGUUGUCUUCUGAGUAUAAAUCAUCUUCAAAGACAGACUCAUUGUUUAACAAAACUGGAAUGCUUAGGACAGCCUACAAAGUGAUUACCAGUUGCUUCUAGAGACAGCAGUCUGAGUAACAGUGAAGGAUAUGCUGGAAGAUCAUACAGGGAAGUCCUCCUUUGUUAGAUGCCUGUACUGUAGUGGCUUUGUAGUUGAAUGCAAGAGACCGGUUUAUGGCACAAGUCUGUCUUUGAUUAGAAAUAUUCUGCUCUGUUCUUGUUCUUGUAAGUAUUUACAGUCUGCCACAUUUUUUUUUCCCAACCUGCAGGGGGGAAUAGGAGGUGAAUUGUGUGUCCUCCUAGCAGCCUUCAAUUAAACUCAGACUGCCAUAGAUCAAACAACAGAACAGAUGGAUAAUGGAGACUGGGGAUAUAUGAUGACUGAUCCAGUCACAAUAAAUGUGGGUGGACACUUGUAUACAACAUCCCUCACCACUCUAACAAGAUAUCCCGAUUCAAUGCUUGGGGCCAUGUUCGGGGGAGACUUCCCCACUGCCAGGGACUCUCAGGGCAAUUACUUCAUUGACCGAGAUGGACCACUUUUCCGGUAUGUUCUUAACUUUUUAAGGACUUCAGAGUUGACUUUGCCACUGGACUUCAAGGAAUUUGACUUGUUACGAAAAGAAGCAGAUUUUUAUCAAAUUGAACCCCUAAUCCAAUGUCUUAAUGACCCCAAGCCUUUGUAUCCUGUGGAUACCUUUGAGGAAGUAGUGGAGUUGUCCAGCACACGGAAACUUUCCAAAUAUUCCAAUCCAGUGGCAGUAAUCAUAACGCAGUUAACCAUCACAACUAAGGUCCAUUCAUUACUGGAAGGCAUUUCAAACCACUUUACCAAGUGGAAUAAGCACAUGAUGGACACAAGAGACUGCCAAGUUUCCUUUACUUUUGGGCCAUGUGAUUACCACCAGGAAGUUUCCCUCAGAGUCCAUCUGAUGGAGUACAUUACAAAACAAGGUUUCACUAUCAGAAAUACAAGAGUUCACCAUAUGAGCGAGCGGGCCAAUGAAAAUACAGUGGAGCACAACUGGACUUUCUGUAGACUGGCACGGAAAACGGAUGACUGAUGUAUGACUCCACAGAUGCCAUUUCAGUGGUUACAUGCAACUUCCUGGAACAGCAUACCUGAGAGAAUCUGGUUUUGACUAAAGCAACAGCAUGGGCUUUUUUUAUGAGAUUAUUUAUUGAUAACCAUUAAGGACUGGAGAAGUUACAUGCUCUAGCAGAUCUGUUUUUUGUCUUGUUCAGAAAAAGAUAUGCAUGUGCUUGUUCACACUGUUAAGACACUUUUUUAAAGAGGGAGUCUUAAAAAUCAGUAUGGUAGGAAGUUUGAUGUCAGCUCUUUCAACCUAAAGUGCUAAAUUCACCUAUUUAAAUGGUCUCUAAUCCAUUUAAUGCUAAAACACUGGGAGUAAAGAACAAACAGGAUUUAAGAUGCAGAUGGGGGAAGUGCUAGCAUCAUGUAAACUAACCUAGUUUCUAAAUCAAUAAACAGUAUUGUAAUAUUUUAGGAAAACAAAUCCUACCCUUUUAAAGUACUUGUUAAGUACGGCUUUUUACAGUUAUUACAACUGUUUUUCUAUGCAUAUAAAUCAAGCAACCAAAUAUUAUCUGUAGCCAUGAAAAUGUGAUUAGAAAUAUUUAUACUGGAUUCUGAAUGCAAAAUAUCCCUGUGGUAGAAUUCAUAUUUUUAAUGCCUGGUGAAAUAUUAUUCCCAAGUGUAAUGCCUGCCAGCAAGAAGCUAAUAAAAUGUCAAAUAUGGAAA